UGGAUGGUUUGGGGGAGCACGUGUUCUUCCUUUGCCGGGCGCGCCAGUACAGCUUCCCUGGCGCUUGGUGACUUGGGCACCUCGCUUCCACUCCCUGGUGUAUUUGGAUCCCUUCAUCUAUAAAUACUGUACAUUGGUUCCCCCCCCCCCCCCCCCGCAAUAACCCGCUCGGUCUCUGUGCUAGACUGUGGUUCGGUGUUGGGGAUCUCAGCAGAGAAGAUGAAGACAGUCUCUGUCCCCCGGACGGGUUCUUUCUAGUGGAGAAGCCAAUACAUAAUAAGCACGAACACAAAAUGGUUUUAAAUUGUGACACGUGCUGUUAAGGAAAGCAAAAAUACGUGUGUGGGGGGUGUCUUUUCUGGGCGCGGGGGGUUGGUGAUUAGGGAAGGCCUUUCAGGAGGUGACAUCUAAGUUAAGACCCAAAGCACGAUAGGAGGCCUAGCCCUGUCAGAGAAUGAGGGGCAGGAGAGUGACUCACGCCAGUGUUACAUUUUGAGAAGCAAACAGCUGCUCUUACGUGAAUUUAAAGAGGGUUAAGAGUGGAAAUGAGGAAACCAGAUGGGAAGCUGAAAUGGGAGCCUUGAUGAGAGAGGAUUUCCCCAAGAUGCUAGUGUCAGUGAACUUGGAGGGAAAUGGUGGGUGGUUUUUAAGAUCUGUUUGGGAGAUAGAGCCCAGAGUUUGUUUGCUGGUGAGCUGGAUAUGUGAGAUGAGCCAAGGGAAGCGAUCUGCAAGGUCUUGAUUUCUUCCUGAGCAACUGCAUAGGUAGUCGCAUCAUUUACUUUGAGGUGAAGGAUGGGGAGUAGGCUGAAAGGCAAAGAUUUAGGAAAGAGAAAAUGUAGGUAAAACAAAAGCCCCAUUCUUCAGCUUAAUAAGAGGAUGAAUAAACAAAUAGGUUUAAAGGUAGAUAGAUCCCGGUGCUGGGUAUUAUAACAUGUCUUUCUGAGUAUUUAUAUCUGGUCCUUUGCCCCAGCUACUCUCUGUGCUCGUUAAAACUUCAGAAACCUGGUUUCAGGAGCACUGAACUUGAAGGCUCCGGGGACUCACAAGACUUCUCUAAAGACUCUGGCAUAGCCCUGGCUGUGUCCGGAGACCUGAGAGCAAGGACUGCCAGCCCUGUGCUUGUCAUAUAGCAAGGGGCUUCUAGCUUGGUUAGUGUGAAUUUUAGUUCACUUCCUUUUGCAAAAGUAAAUGCCGUUGAGCAUUUCGGAAUGCGUAUGGGGAGGUCAGGUUGUCAAGGGCAGGGUGUCAGUCUUGGCUAGGACCUGUGCUGGAUAGGCUUGCCCAAGAGAAUCUAGCCUUCUGAAAUGGCUGGGAGCCUGUAGGAGCCACCCUCAGAGAAGCUGCCCUUUUUUUUGUUUACAUGUAUCUGGUGUGCAGUAGAUGGGUGGAUGGCUGAGAAAGUGGUGGGUGAGGCCAAAGCAGGACCCUCUGUCUGGGUGUCCUGUUGCUGGGCCCUGUGGUCUGGCCCCUCCACAGUGCCUGGAGCUUUGACGACAUGUGUUACAACCCUGCUGGGCCCCCCUCAGACUGCGUCUCUUGCCGUCAGACAUGCAUCCAAGAAGACAGGCGGCAGCUCCAAAAACCUGGGUGGAAAGUCACCAGGCAAACGCUUUGGCCUCAAGAAAAUGGAGGAUCACUACGUUCAUGCCGGCAACAUCCUUGCGACUCAGCGCCACUUCCGUUGGCACCCGGGCGCCCAUGUGGGGCUGGGGAAGAAGAAGUACCUCUAUGCCCUGGAGGAGGGGAUAGUCCGCUACACUAAGGAGGUCUAUGUGCCCAGUCCCAGCAAUGCGGAGGCUGUGGACCUGGUCACCAGGCUGCCCAAGGGUGCUGUGCUCUAUAAGACUUUUGUCCAUGUGGUUCCUACCAAGCCUGAGGGCACCUUCAAACUGGUGGCUAUGCUUUGAACUCCUGGUCGAGGCCGCUGGACAGAGACUGGAGCCCAGGUGACAGGAGAGGAUGGCAGCGGCAGAAGUCAAGGGUUGGCACGACAAGGUCUGCUGAGGACGUCUGUUUGGUGGUGAUUGCAGAAGACUCUGAAGUGACUGGCUUUUGGGAGACCUGACCUGGGGCCAGAAAUAAAGUGUGCUGGAGUCAUGA